AUGGCUGAUGGGCGAUUCAAUGUCGCCUUUUAUGGAGGUCUGUGGGAUAAAUCGUUUGAAAAGCGUAAAGAAACGUUAGAGACCAUAGAAAAUACGAUCAAUGGUUGGGUGAACAGUUCGCCGAGGUUCGGCACAAGAAAUCCUGAUGCCGAGAGAUCACCCACAAAUACUCCUCAAAGUGAUCUUAGCACUCCGGAAGUUGCCAGUGAUUUAAACGACGGUAUUGCUGAGGAAGCCGAAAGGUCAUUGGAGCUACAUCUUUUGACAAUCUUGCGUAUGUCCAUAAAUUGUCCUUUCGCGGAUGUUCGGAAUCGUUUUAAAGUACUUUUGGGAAAACUAACAAGUAAUCGUGUUUCCGUACCAUCACCGGUCUACCCGUUUCCUUCAUUGUACAUAUCGCCGAAGGAAAUGUACACACUUGAAUGGGAUAAACCUUCGGAAGGAAUUAUCCCCGAUGUGGAUGUUCGGGAUUCAAUGGUUAAGACUUUUGUCGAAACCGGUAGACUAAAUAACUAUGAUCAAGUAUUAUCCUAUUUUCCAACAUUCACGUUAAAAUUUCAAAACGCUUAUAAGGAAUUGACGAAAUCCCACAACGGCGUUCAUCCCGAAUCCCUCAGAUACUACAUUGGAAUUAUGGCUGCGUCUCAGCACAGGUGUCAAUAUCUUGUUUCACAUCUGAAAAAUGAAUAUUUAGCCGCCAACGGUGAUCCUGAAUGGCUCAAGGGUUUGCAAUACGCUCCUGACAAAAUCAAGAAAAUUGCAAAGAUCAAUAGCAUAUUAGCACAUCAACCUUGGAGUUUGGAGUCUGACCACAUUAGCGAACUUUGUAGGGGAGAUGCUACCUGGAAAAUUGAGGAGAUUAUUCACAUCAUCGUCUUACUUAGCACAUUUCAUAGCAUGUGUAGCUAUGUGUUGUGUUGUGGUAUUGUUCCAGAGUGUGAUUCCAUUGGUGGAUACAAGGAACAACGAUUACCCACGCAUACCAUCACCCCUUCUGAUGGAGAAGAAGAGGGAACUCCUCUACAUCUAAAUUCUCCUGAACAGACUUCUGGAAAUAUGGGUUCUGGUCUGGGAAUUUCUGUGGAUCCAGAAGCGAUCAAGCACACAAACGAACUGAUUAUGAGAUUAAGAAGAAAUGAUCCCGUGGAGGAAGAGGACCCUGAAUUGCUUGAUUCUGCUGUGGAUUUAGACAGGGAAACAUUUAGCGGAAUUUCAACGGUUGAAAGUACACCGGUUAUCACUGAAAUUAUUACUCCGUCCGCAUUUAUACCUGAUGCUUCUCCGAUCCCUGUGACCCCUCCAUUCGAAACGAUUCCUCCAGCGGACAUUCUCACUGAGGAUUUCUCCUGUUAUCUCAGUCCAAAAGAAGAAGAAAUUUCAUAUUCCGAAUUCAAAUCUACCAAGGAAGGUUAUCAAAACCUCACAACUCAAGACUUUAACUGGGGAACUGACGGGAUCGAGCUAGUCCAACAUCACCUGCAUUCUGGUAAUAAGUUGGAUGAUGAACUUAAGGAGAUUCGAGCAAUGAGUGAUUUCAAAUUUUUUUCCUUUGACUCCCAAUUGGACGACUUGCCCUUUCGAGAAGUAAUUUGGUAUUACGCUUGUCGAUUAUACGGAAUAACCGCGGAUGACUACACAUACAAUGACAUUAGUAGACUUCUGAAUAGUAAAAUCAGAAAUUUUAUAAAGAAGAUAUGUACGAGACCCGAGGACUUCACGUACGACGACUGGAACAACGUCGGACUUCAACUAAAUGACAGAGAGAAAUGUCUGAUCAUCCUUAUUUCGGCUGAAGCGCGUAAGCAAGUCGAGUUGACAUACGGACUGAGGAGCGUGAAUCUUAGACAGAGAAAUUAG